UGUUAGCUACCCCGUAUAUCCCUUCUUCUACAUCUCCCUGCUCCUCAGAAUACCACCCCACCGAGCCAUCUCUCUUCCAUCCGGUGGCGCAAGAUGAAGCUCACGUUCAAGGACCUGAAACAACAAAAGUUUGUAAUCGAUGCAGAGCCCUCGGAGACGGUCGGGCAAGUGAAGGAAAAGAUCUCCAAGGAGAAGGAAUGGGAGGUUCCUCAGCUUAAGCUCAUCUACUCUGGAAAGAUCCUUCAAGAUGACAAGACGAUCGAGUCAUACAACAUCGAGGAGAAGGGGUUCAUAGUGUGCAUGGUCUCUAAGCCCAAGGCUACUUCCUCCGGCACCUCGUCACAAGCGCCCUCCACCCCAUCCAGAGCAGUCACCUCUACCCCUGCUGCGCCUCCCGCCCCAGCCCCAUCUGCCGCUUCCACUACACCGGCUGUUCCUUCGACUCCCUCCCCGGCCGCCGCGGGGGCCUCCCAGGCACAGGGCUCCGCAUUCAAUGACCCCUCCGCAUUGCUGAGUGGCACUCAGAGUGAAGCUGUCGUGGCUCAGAUGGAGGCAAUGGGUUUCGCUCGGAGUGAUGUUAACCGUGCAAUGAGGGCUGCUUUCUUCAACCCCGACCGUGCUAUUGAAUACCUUUUGAAUGGUAUCCCCGAGAACAUUCAACAGGAACAGCAACAGCAAGCCGCUGCCGCUAGCGCACCCCAGACUGCUGCUCCCGAAAGCGCUCCGUCCGCUGGUGACGACGAACCGGUCAACUUGUUCGAGGCUGCCGCUCAGGCUGGUGGCCAGGAGGGAGGAGCUCGAGGAGCUCGAGGUGCUGGUGGCGCUGAACUCCCGAGUCUCGAAUUUCUUCGCAAUAACCCCCAUUUCCAGCAGCUUCGUCAGUUGGUCCAACAACAACCACAAAUGCUCGAGCCCAUCCUCCAACAAGUCGCCGCUGGAAACCCCCAAAUCGCGCAGCUCAUUGGUCAGAAUGAGGAGCAAUUCCUGCAGCUCCUGAGUGAGGAACCUGAUGAUGACGAGGCGCUGCCCCCUGGCACGACUCAAAUUCACGUCACGGAAGAAGAGAGAGAUGCCAUUGAACGCCUCUGCCGGCUUGGAUUCUCUCGGGACUUGGUCAUUCAAGCUUAUUUCGCUUGCGACAAGAACGAAGAGCUCGCAGCUAACUAUUUGUUUGAAAACCCUGAUGAUCCCGAGGAUAUGUGAUUCAAGCACGGCCCGUGUAUUCCCAUGUGUUUGAGAUACUGCUCACUGCUUCGAAUCAUGUUCUCUUUUCCUAAUUAACGUCGAUAUGUACCCACUUUUCUCCUCUUCCCCUUCGCCUCAAGAUCUUAUGAGAGUCGACGAUUACGUAGAUCAGAAAAUGGCUUCAACCUCUGCCUCUGGCUUGCGAACCCCAGGCCAGGCUGGAGCGUG